AUGUCAGGUACUAAUGAUAAUAAUAAAGAUAACAUCCAUUUCGAUUAUUCUAGUAAAGAAAAUAAUUUAACAGAAAAGGGACAACAACAACAACAAGACAGUGUAUAUAAUUAUACGGCAUCGGGCAAUACAAAUUUUAAUAGUUACAUUAAACAAGAUGAUAGAGCUGUAAACGUGACACCGAAAUCCAAUCCAAUUGAACUAUCGCCUGCAAAUAACUUCAGUAGUUCUACCGGCAUAACUAAUACACAGAAUAAUGUCACCAAUAAAAGUAUUUCUCUGCCACCUCUGUCUAGUUUAAAUUUCAGUCACAUAGCAACUGUACCCAAUGAAAAUAGGCCUUCAAUAGCAGUAGCAGAUACAAUUAAUCAAUCACCACUAAGUCGGAGUCGGCUUUACGAUCAGCCAGAUCCUCCUCCUCCUAUGGCGUCACAUAUUGGAAUUUCUCCAAUCAUACAUAGCCUACCGAAUGGUGUUUAUAAUAAUGUUAAUCAUAGUUACUAUUUGAAUAAACAAUUGCCUAUCAAGCAAUUACCGGGUACUAACCAAAAUGUUGCCAUUGGAUACGAUCCUAACUAUGGACGACAAUACAAUCAAUUAAAUAAUGUCUAUCCAGACAAUAAGCUUGGGAAUCCUGCUUAUGCAAUCCAAACUCAUGCCGUCAUGACCAACAAUAAAGUUUUUAAUGUUAAUACUAGUAAACUGACAUAUGAAGAAACUGGUUAUCAUCUGCGACAGAAUGCAACUGAACAACAAUACGUGCCACAUGCGAACUAUAAUAAUCCUACUCGUGCAUUUACUAUGGAUAAUUCAAAUACCGCAAGUAGUAUUGGUAAUAAUGAUGUAAUUUAUCAUGGACGUCCUGAACUUUCCGCGAGUGUAACAAAUCAUGAACAAAUAGUUCCACAAAAUUUACCUAAAUUGAACUACUAUGAUAUGAAUAAAAUAAACAAACAAUGUGACAAUAGCAAUAGAGAUAAUAUUGAAAGAGUUCAAGCGAUCGAAACCUUUUCCAAGAAUAUAGUACUUCCAAAACCGGAAAUUGGGAUCUUACAAAACACCGUCGCGUAUGAUAGAAAUAAUACACUUUCAAUGAAUUCAGAUAUAAUACAGAGAGCGUCAUCUGAUUUAGAACCUGGAGUUGUAACAAAUAAUAAUAAUACAUCAAUUGUUGAUUUAACUAAGCUUAAUUCAAUUACAAAGGAUAAUGUUUCAUUAAGUAAAUUGCCUAUCACUGACAGGAAAGGUAAAAAGAAGAAAAAGAAACGUGCGAUUCAUCAAUGUCCGAUCUGUAACAGAGUCACAACCAGAUCAUAUUCACUACAUGCACAUAUGUUAGUUCAUACAAAGGAUAAACCAUUUAAAUGCGAAUGGCAGGAUUGUGGGAAAGCAUUCAGUAUCAAGAGUAAUCUAAGUAGACAUAUGAAAAUCCAUAUCCACAAGCAAAAAAAGCUUAAUAAAGAAACCAGGGAAACUAAUGAUACUACUAAUAAUGAUACAUACUAA